AUGUUUCUGAUCGAAAGCUCGUAUUCCCCUUAUUGGGGUAUUGUUCUGAUCUUUGGUGGCUUUCUGGCAGCGCUGGUCCAGUUCCUCAAGCCUAAAGACUUGAAAUCAUCGGGUGGCAGCAAGAAAUGGUCAAUGCCGCCGGGGCCAGCAGGCAUCCCAGUCCUGGGGAACCUGUGGGAGAUGAUGCAAGCCCGUCGUGAUCCCAAUGCAUUCACUAACUGGCUUGCCUCCAUGAUACCCUAUGGUGACAUGGUAACACUACACAUGGGAUCCCAAACAUGGGUUCUGCUCAACACGGACCGAGCAGUAUCCGAAGUCAUUGCCAAGCGCGGCAGAAUCACCAACGAAAGACCUCACAUGCCAAUUGCGAGUGACCUUGUAAGCAACGGCAAACGCACAGUGAUUAGGCAAGAGGAGGAAUGGAGAGAGGGACGUCGCGUCAUGCACCAUCUACUCAGCGGCUCGAAUCUCAAGGUCUAUGCGGGCAUGCAGGAGCUCGAGAGUAUAGAUAUGCUGCGCAAGUAUCUGCGAGAGCCAAAGCAGUGGUAUGCCCACAACUUUCGAUAUGCCACAUCCGUUCUUUACAGGCUCGUGAUGGGUUACCCCCUGAACAAGACUACCAAGGAGCUCGACGACUACCAGAGGGUCACCAUUGAGUUUGUUGCGUCCAUCAACCGGAGCUACAUCGAUUUCUUCCCUGCCUUUAGCAAGCUUCCCCAUGCUCUGCAACCUUGGAGAGAGUUCUGGACUAAAAUGGGCGCAUUCCAUCGCCAGGUCUUUCAUGAUUGGUGGACACCCGUCAAGGCCGCAGUGAAGCAGGGCGCCGCGCCGCCCUCGUUUGUUCGCGAUGUUCUUCUCCACCCGGAUCUGAGAUACGCCGGAGACGAUGAAGAAGCAAUGUACCUGGCCACGUCUGUCAUGGCUGCUGGAGGCGACAAUACCCGCAUGACCAUCAACACGUUUAUCAUGGCUAUGCUGUCGCACCCCGACGCCCAGAAGAAGGCGCGCCAAGAGGUUGAUCGAGUCUGCACAGAGGGCGACUCGCUCAGACUGCCCCGAAUGUCUGACCUGACGGAAAUGCCCUACAUCGCCGCCAUGAUCAAGGAGGCUCUCCGGUGGAGACCUACUGUCCCCAUUGUCCCGCCACACCAACUGACAGAGGACGUUGAGAUCGAUGGACACUUAAUGCCCGCCGGCACAGUCUUCCUGAUCAACUCGAUUGGCUUGUCCAAGGAGUUUGACCAUGCCAACGACUUCCUGCCUGAAAGAUGGAUCGAUGGUUCAGAGAGCCGCACAUCGGCCAACUUCUGGGGUUUUGGAGGUGGCCGCCGCAUAUGCGUUGGCUGGAAAGUGGCAGAGCAAGCUCUGUUCAUUGCAUUUGCCCGUUUGAUUUAUUGUUUCGAAUUCACUUCGAAUGGACCCAUUGACGACACGAUACUCAAUCACCAGGUUGUUGGUGAGCCAUUCCCCGUCAAGGCAACCGUUCGCAGUGCCGAGCACGCCGCUCUCAUUGAAUCGGAAGCUGCCAAGUACGAGACCUCGUUCUCUACCUUUGGAGCCAAAUAA